AUGGGCGCCAACGAUCGGGACCUAAGAUCACUCCUUGUCACGGUGUUGGGAGAAGCUUUCGUGGUUUCGCAUGCCAGGGAUUCGAAGAAAUAUUACACCACCUUCGCAAUCAAGGAUGCGUCAACAGACGCGGAUGAAUGUCUUGAAGCCCACGUUUUUGACUUCAGUGAAAAGAACAGCACCCAUCGAAGGUUUCUAGAGAACAGGAUACUUUCGAAAUUACUCAAAUUGGACGUCUUUGUCCAGGACUAUUCAGGAGCGUUGUUCCGCGUUGUGAUCUGUAGGCAAAAGGAGGACCGUACAGCUACACCUCGAGUGCUACGAAUAGCCCGACCCAACACGGGAGCGGCCGAAGACGAUUCCAACAAGCAACUCAGUACAGCAGCAUCAAAUGACCCGAUAGUAUUCGUCGCUCGCCUCUGUAAUAAUGCACUGCUUCUAAAUCCACGAAGAAGCAGCUCUCAAUUGCCGCCGUCUUUGGCAGAGAUUGAGAGAACUCUGCAAGAUGAAGUUCUAUCGUCGUGGCCGAGCGACGGCAAAGUCAGUCGACCUCUGAAGCCUGAUGGUGGUCAAGAUCCCCUGGUAGAGUCUUCAGGAUAUGUCUUCGCACCGGAAAGGGCCCACGACCAGCAAUCAAACAUUGGUCAGAGGCGUACAGGCGGCCGACACCGACUAACACCGAGAGACCGAAGAAAACACUUUGUGGUCGACCUAGCAACGCUUAUUGCAAAAGACGGGCUCGUUGACAAAUCCUUGUCUAAUUCGAUGCGCGAGCCCGGUUUAGGGUUCUGUAUAAGGCAUCUUACUCUGCCGAUACUCGAUGUGCAUCUUCCUCUGUGCGAGAAGAAGGUCAUGGCCGAGAAGUCUCGCUGUUGGGCAAAGUAUUUGCAAAGGAUCCAACAGCAGCUGCCUUUAUUACUGAAAGCAGCGGCUCUGGAGCAGAAGAAGACUUGGGCCUCGGCUAUCCCGACCAUCAUCACAAUUUUCGAGGCGACUUCGAAAUCAGGCAUAUUCCAUGAACUGUCAUUGGAUCGUAUUGGAACGCAGUCACUGGCCGCAAAGAAGGACCACCCCGAUGCUGAUCUACACAGCAGUGAAACUAGUGCGGAAAAAUCAAGUGAGAAACAAGAAUGGAAAGCGUACUUGAACUAUGUGAUGUCAGCGAGUUUCACUCGCCCAAGAACCACCUCAAUUCAGUGCGCAAUAGACAUACUGCCCCUUGAAGCUGACAAGCCGGAGCACACAGAUCUUGCCUGGCGCAAGAUUCUUGUCUGGCUGGGUAUGAUUCACAUUCACCAUCGCAUGAACAUAUGGGCUAUGACCAAGCCAUCCGACCUCACUCGAGACCGGCCACACGGGCAAGAUCUCAGGAACCUGAUCCAGACUUAUACAAUGACUCAAUUAGUCAUCGGGGUACAGCCAAUCGUCGACCGCAUGGUCCGACUUGCCGAAGAGGUUGCGGCUAAUUGGGAAAGAGUCGUGAAUGGCCAAGACAUCAGGGACGAUAAUUCCGUACCAUGCGAUAUAUUCAAGCCGCUGUGGCAUUUGCGAUCGAGGAAUCUACUGGAGACACCAACAGUCAUUCGGGGAACGGCGCUCCGUACCGAUGAGGUGGAAGGGAAUCAUCCAGGUUGGAGAUCUGGAAAUUAUGAGGACUUGUCGUUGUCUGGAUCCGCAGAUUCCUGA